UUCCUCACGAAUUCGCCAUCGCCAUUUUGCAAAGUAGCUCGGUCGUACGGAUGCGGGUGCAUUGAAAUAAAAAAAUAAUAGAACAUUUUUCUUCUCUUUGCAAAUAAAAAAAGAAUUUAGCAAAAAUCCAACUUAUGUUUCGUUUAAAGUGACAAGAAAAGACUAACAAAAACCCUAAAUCGUCGCGAAAGUUCAGUGAAAUAAGAAAACACAAGAAACAAUCGACGACGGAAAAUAUUAAAAAUUGUCAAAAGAAAAACGAAUCGAAAGAAAAUUAUGUACCACUGACCUCAGGAGCAACGCAUUCGUAGAACGAACGAAAGAAAAAAACGAACGAAAAAAAGUCGUCGCAAAAGAAUAAAAAGAAAAGUUAUUAUAAUUUGAAAAAGGAAAAUUCUGUCCCCCCGUUUGGUGCUGCGUUGUAGAGAGAUAGAGAAGAAGUGCAAAACGAUUGAUUUUUUUUCGCCAUCCAUCUACUUGCUGCCGCCUUCCUUCUACUCACUUCUAUUCACCACCGAUACCGAGCACCGAACACGGAGCACGGAGCACCGACCAAACCGACACCACACUUGUGCCACAACAACCCCAUAAAAGUGCAAAAUUCUGAUAGAUUUAUUUCUUAUUUUUUCUUUUUGUUUUAUUUCAUUUUUCGUUGUUGUUGCUUAAUUUUCUUCGUUUCUAUCCCUAAAUAAUAAAGAAAAGAAAAGAUAUAAAGAAAAAAGAAAAACAAAAUAAUUCGAAUUCCACACCACCGUUCGUCGUCGUUGUCGUCGUCGUCGCUUUGUAGUAGUCGCUUUUCUAGUCGCCGAUACACUACAGUUUUUUCUUUUUUUUUCAACUGACGUGCAAUACCUAUAAGAAGAAAAUAAAUUAAAAGUGAUUACGAAAUCAUCCAAAUAAUAUAAAAAUUGUGUUCAUUUUGUGUGAUAAAUUAAGAAAAUCUACUAACUCCUCUGAAAACAAACUAAAAGAAACUCACUUCCAUCACCACUCGCUCAUUCACCUCAUUAACUCACUUUUCAUAACAAAAAAAAAAAAACAAAACUAACCUCACUAACCAUACAGUGGUGUCCGAAAGCAUUCGUUCAGUGUGUUCCGUCGUUACCAUAACCGUUAGUGAAAAUAGUUUGACAAAGUUAUUUGUCAAAUCUCCACUCCACCCAUUUUGUCAGUUUGUUAUUAAAAGCGAAAGAAAAAAAGAGACAAAGAGAUUACUUGGUGUGUUUUUGGUAAACCUUUAAUCUGUCAUAGAAAAUAGAUAUUUUUUUUGACAAUCGGUAAAUUUAAAAUCUGUCAAAAUUGCGAAAGCGAUAUUUCAAUUUUUGAAAAAACAAAAAAAUAAAAAAUCUUCUAACACCCUGGACUCUAUAAAGGAUAACAACGUCGUCGCGAUAGAAGAUCCCUCCUCGCAUCCGCCGUUGUCGUCGUUGUCGUCGUCGUCGUUGGGAGCAGCAGCUGCUCAAUUAACAUCAGGAGCAACAUCAGCAUCUUCACCAACAACAAACCAUCCACAAAAUAAACAUCACCAUCAUCAUCAAUCACCAUCACAAUCCACUUCCAUUUCACCAUCAUCCACUACUUCGGCAUCGGUGAUAGGAGCAGGAGCAGGAGCAGGAUCAAGCGGACCUAAUCAGACAACAACAGCAACAACAAGAUCAUUAUCUAAGGAAAAUAUUAAAAGGCAAUUGUCCUCGCUAAUUCCUUUAACAUCAUCGCCGUCCUCCUCUUCCAACACCGUUGCCGCUAACGCAGCUUCAUCUAAAAUGGGCAACAACGCAACAACAUCCUCGUCGAAUAAAAAAGUCGAUGCUGCCGAAACUGUCAAAGAAUUCCUCGAGCAAGCCAAAGAGGAAUUCGAGGAUAAAUGGCGCCGCAAUCCGACCAACACCGCCGCUCUCGAUGAUUUCGAGCGCAUCAAAACCCUAGGAACUGGGUCAUUUGGUCGUGUGAUGAUCGUUCAGCACAAACCAACUAAAGACUAUUACGCCAUGAAGAUCCUCGACAAGCAGAAAGUCGUCAAACUGAAGCAGGUCGAGCAUACUCUCAAUGAGAAACGCAUUCUACAAGCAAUAUCCUUUCCAUUUCUGGUUAGCCUGCGAUAUCACUUCAAAGACAAUUCGAAUUUGUACAUGGUGCUCGAAUACGUACCCGGCGGGGAGAUGUUCUCGCAUUUGCGCAAAGUGGGUCGCUUCUCGGAACCGCAUUCGCGUUUCUAUGCCGCACAAAUUGUUCUGGCUUUCGAGUAUCUCCACUAUCUGGAUUUGAUUUAUCGCGAUCUUAAGCCCGAAAAUUUGCUGAUAGACUCGCAGGGUUAUCUGAAAGUGACGGACUUUGGCUUUGCUAAGCGCGUCAAGGGCCGCACAUGGACUCUAUGCGGCACACCCGAAUACCUAGCCCCGGAAAUCAUCCUAUCCAAGGGCUAUAACAAGGCCGUCGAUUGGUGGGCGUUGGGCGUGUUGGUCUAUGAAAUGGCAGCCGGCUAUCCUCCGUUCUUUGCCGAUCAGCCAAUUCAAAUUUACGAGAAGAUCGUAUCGGGCAAGGUUCGUUUCCCGUCGCACUUCGGUUCCGAUUUGAAGGACUUGCUACGUAAUCUACUGCAAGUCGAUCUUACCAAACGCUAUGGCAAUCUGAAAGCGGGUGUCAAUGAUAUCAAGAAUCAGAAAUGGUUCGCUUCCACAGAUUGGAUUGCCAUAUUCCAGAAAAAGAUCGAAGCGCCAUUUAUACCCAAGUGUAAGGGACCAGGUGACACUAGUAAUUUUGAUGAUUACGAAGAAGAGGUGCUGCGGAUUAGUAGUACUGAGAAAUGCGCCAAGGAGUUUGCUGAAUUUUAAACAAAACAUAAAAAAAACAAAGAUUUUUCUACUCUCACCUAAGAAAGAAAAUUCAAUUAACUAAACAAAAACCACACACAAAAAAGUCAUUCAGUAAAUUAUAUUUAUAUAUUAUAUAAAAAUAAGAUAAACAAAUUGUCAGAAAAAGAGUUGUUGUUGUUAUCAUUUAAUCAGUAAACUUUACUAUAAAACUAAAUUUAAAUUAAACAAAAAACAAAAAAAUUGUGUGUUUAAGCAGCAAAAUAAAAGAGAGAGAAUAACAAAAAACAAACAAAUUGAACUGUAGCACCAGAGCAGUGCUGAAGGAGAAAGAGAGAAGAGGAGAGAGGAGCAUCACAAUCAUCAUCGUAUCGUACCUAAAUCAUCGCCUGUCGUCUUGGUCGAUCUCCUGAUCUUCUGGUCUGCCCUGUUCCCAAUUCUUAGUAAAGAAACAAACAAAAAAAAACACAUUUAUUAUUGAUCACAAUAUUUCAAAAAUCAUCACUUCCAAAAACAAAAUAAAAUAUUUAAAUAUUAAAACAAACAAAAUUAAGAAACAAAUUUUCAUUUAAAAAAAAUCUCAUCUGUGUUUUUUGAUAUCAACUGAGUAAGAAAGAAAGAGAGAGAAAACAAAGACAGUUAUUCAGCGAGAGAAAGAGAGAGAGAGAGAGCGAGAGAUAAAGAAAUAAAUAAUUAUUAAACCAGCCAAUUAUUAUUUUAUUUGUUUUUAUCGAUUUAAAACACCAAAAAUUAAAAAAAAAUAAUCCUCAGCAAACCAACAACAGCAGCAGCAGCAAUAUAUAAAUAAAUACAAAAAUAAACAACAAAUUAUACAACAACAAGAGCAAACAAAGCCUCAACAAAACAUGAAAACAACAAAAUCCAGCAAUAAACGUUAUUAUUGACGAGUAACAAACAAACUUUGUAUAAAUUGAUGGAUUUCUCCUAUUCUCGCAUUUUGGAUGUUUCUUUCUUUACGACCAGUAUGUAAUUUUCAAAAAAAAAUGUUACCUUAUGUCAGUGUUGCGCAAUGUUAUAUAAGAAAAAUUUUAAAUAAAUAAAAAUAUAAGAAAUAAAGGUUUAAGAAGUAAAAAAAAAAACAAAAUUUCAAAAACAUUUUUCCAUUUCUUUUAUUUGAUUUGGUUUCUGUUGUCAAAGUUUUUUGAAUGUUUAAUAAAAAUUAAAAAAUAUCUAUUUAGGAAAAUAAUGAGAAAAAAGUCCGAGUUCAUCUAGAAACUAAAAACAAAACUGAUAAAAUCUUUCCAAACCAAACUGAAUGAAAUUUAAAAACAAAACAACAAAUUUAAAGUAAAACAAAAGUUUAUAAAAAAUAAAUAAAAACAAAAUAAAUAAAUGUAUAUGUUAUAGCCCUUUGUAUAAACAAAACAAAAAAUAAAACAUCUUAAGUCAAUGUGAAUGUGUAGACAAAAAUUAAAAAGAAACUAUAAAUAUAUAUAUAUAUACAUAUAAAAAUAAAAAAACAAAUUUAUGAAAUAUAAAAAAAUGCAAUAUUUUUUAAUUUAAAAUAAAUAUUAAAGAAAAAACAAAAAAACAGAAUAAAGAAAACAUUUUUAUAUAUUUAUUCAUAUAAAUACAAAAAACCCAUUAAAACGUAAAAAAAAAACAAAUUUAUUUACAUUUAACUAGGAGUUAUUUAAUAAAUAUAAACAAAGUAUAAACUCUACAAAGAUGACUUUGUUUCUUGUCUUUCAUUACAACAAAAGCUGAUGUUAGACACUCAGCUUUAAACAUUUUUUAACUCUUACUUAUGUCACACAAUGUCUUCUUCAUUUUUUGUAUUUGUAUUCUUAAAAAUUAUUUAUAUAUAUUUUUCUUCUUGUUUUCUUUUUUUCUUUGUUUCUGUUUUAUAGUUUCUCAACAAUUUAAAUUAAACUGUGUAAAAUAUAUUAUUUUUUGCUCUAGGUGUAUAGGUAAUUUAUGAUUUAAAAAUUUAAAUGGAAUAAUAAAACAAAAAUAUAAAGUUAAAAAAAAACAAAACUGAUUUUUAAGUGUAAAUGUAUAGGUAUUAUUAUUGCUGUUAUUUAUUUUAUUUUACAUAUUUGUCUUAUUUUCUUCUUUUUUGUUUUGUUCGUGUUAAUUUUUUGUCAUUACUAAAUCAUUAUUAUUGUGAAGAUGAAUUUUUAAUUAUUAUCAGUGUAAUUAUAAAAUUGAAACAAAAAAACUAACAAAAACUACACAAAAUACAUAAAUACACAACUUAUUUAACAAAAAGUAAAAAACAAAAAAAAAAAAAACUAUAAAUCAUCUAGAUAUGUAGUGUCGAGUCCAAAAAAUAAAAAAAAUUAAAAAUCGUAAAAUCCCCCUGCAUAUUUGCUAUAUUUAAAUUAAAAGAAAAAAAACAUACCUAUAGGCAAUUAACAAAAAAUAAAAACAUACAACAAAAAUCAUCCUAAACUAAAACAGGGUAACCAAAACAAGAAAACCCCUGAAACAGAAAACAAAAACACACCAAUCCGAGAGUAAAACUGAA